CCCUCCCAGUGGAAGGUAACAGCGGAGACCACAGCAGAAGGAACUUGUCUCACAAUCCCAUUAGAGCUCAUGGCAAUUGUUGCCAUGUUCGGAAAGGGUUAUGGAGUUGUUUAUCUUUUCCCAGGUCAGUUGGGUGGCAGAGCUGGAAUUGCAACCCAGGGCCUGCUGUGUCCUUCCAGGUCUCCUGCCCCUCCCGGCUCCGCCCCUGGCCCCUCAGCUUGCCCAGUGCCUCCCUCACUCUGUGUGGGACUCGGCCCACUCUUGAAAGAUUCCAGCAGAUCUCGGGGAAUCCGGCCCAGUCCUGACUCCCCAGGGAGGGAGGCCUCCUCUCACACCAGGACUCCUGCCAGGACUGGCCAGCUGGUGCUUUCUCAGAACACCGCCAGGAGAAUUUAAGCAACUGUCCUUCAAGUGGGAAUGAAAUAAGGUAACCUGUGGGUCGGCAAACAAGAGGAGGGGAAGAUGAAGGAAGACUGUCCGUCCAGCUCCCACGUGCCCAUCAGCGACAGCAAGUCCAUUCUGAAGUCGGAGCUCCUGGGGCUGCUGAAAACCUACAACUGCUACCAUGAGGGCAGAAGCUUCCAGCUGCGGCACCGAGAGGAAGACGGGGCGCUGAUCAUCGAGGGGCUCCUCAACAUCGCCUGGGGCCUCCGGCGGCCCAUCCGACUGCAAAUGCAAGACGACCGGGAGCGAGUGCACCUGCCCUCUGCUGCAUGGGUGCCGGGACAGCCCAGCAGCGUUCCAAAGGAGCAGCCUCCUCAGGAAGGCACGGUUCCCGGUAAGGAGCCCACUGCGCAGCCCAUACAGCAGGCUGAGUGCUGCGGAGACAGUGCAGCGAGGCCCCCGGAAGAGGACGAGGAAGCCCCGCAGCUAAUGCGCACCAAGAGCGACGCCAGCGCCAUGAUCCAGAGGCGGCCCAGGAACCGCGCGCCCGGUGAGGUCCAGCGCAUCCGACGGCACCGCUUCUCCAUCAAUGGGCACUUCUACAACCACAAGACCUCCGUGUUCACCCCUGCCUAUGGGUCGGUGACUAACGUGAGGGUCAACAGCACGAUGACAACCCUGCAUGUGCUCACCUUGCUGCUGAACAAGUUCAGGGUGGAGGACGGCCCUGGAGAGUUCGCUCUUUACAUCGUCCAUCAGUCUGGCGAGAGGACCAAAUUAAGGGAGUGUGAGUACCCUCUGAUUGCCAGGAUCCUGCAUGGGCCCUGCGAGAAGAUUGCCAAGCUGUUCCUGAUGGAAGCAGACCUGGGCGAGGAGGUCCCCCACGAUGUUGCCCAGUACAUUAAGUUUGAAAUGCCGGUGCUGGACAGUUUUGUUGAAAAAUUAAAAGAAGAGGAGGAAAGAGAAAUUAUCAAACUGACUAUGAAGUUCGAGGCCCUGCGUCUGACCAUGCUGCAGCGCCUGGAACAGCUGGUGGAGGCCAAGUAGCUGGCCAGCGUCUGCCUCUUCUGACCCCAGCAGCAGCAGCAAGUGCAUGUGAAGUCCCAGUGGCCGGGUCCUGACUGGUCACACUGACUGAUGGCCACCACCUGGGGAAGCCAGCAUCUGUGCUUCCACUUGUGCAAAGCCUGAGUACCAUGCCAUCCGCCUCCCUAGCUUGGCCGCACAGUGAGCACGCAUCAGGUACAGACCUAGCUCAAGGAGCGGGAAAUGCCCGCUGGAGUCCGAGGCUAGCCUCAGCAGUGAGUGAACCGGAGACCGUCACCCCGAUGAGGUUGGUGUGGCUAGCUGUUGUGGCCAGCUCUGUCCACUCACACAUCCUCUGUUUAGGACAGCAGUGUUGGAUCCAGCCCCAGGGACAUGGGUUUUGUCUGCUUGGCUCAAGAGACCGUGCAGACCUGCAUCGUCUUCAUCAUCCUUGUCAGUCACGAGGUCCCCCUCUGCCCCUACAUUGUAGCCAUCCAGGAACUGUGUUGAAGGGUGCUGUUCUCAGCAGCCUUGGCCUGCAAGCCUCCGGCAUCACCUGUGAGUCUGGCACAGCCCAGCAGCCCCGGUGCAGAGGUCAGGUCAGGAACCUGACCAUUUCUGCCCUCUGUGGAAGUAAGCCUUAGCCACCAGUUCAUCGUGAGGAGAUGGUCCACUCAGCACUUGGUGGUUGAGAGCCAUAGGGGAUGCUCAGUUUCCAUCAUCCCUAACCUGGAAGCCUUGCAUGCUUCUUGCUUUCCCUACGUCCCAUCACUCCCCAUCAGAACCCAGAAUAUAGAGGAGAAUCUUGAGUUGCCUGGGGCCAGAUGCUGAAGGGAUUGUGUCUAUUUGCUAACCGAGAAUUUCUGGACUCGAUGAGAAAGGCUCUGCAGAACCGUGCGAUGGUUGAUGCCGGAUAGGCGAAACGUAGCACACUGCAGUCUACACUCUUCUCCCAAGGGGAUCUUUGUGUGUGUGGGGGGGUGUGUUUAAAGGGAAGAAACAUGAAGGUCAGAAAGGAGAGAGAGUGCACAUCUGGUGCAUGCAAAGGGCAGAGAGCAGCUGUUCCCUGUGGAGCUGGGGACUCCCUGGCCAGCUGCACCGUCACAGAGACACACACGGAAGUGUGGGGGGCCUGGCUGCUGUCCUUGCGAGUUCAUUGAUAGCAGGGUCCCCCAGGUGCUCAAUAAAACUGAUCUGUGAACCGAG